AUGAAGAUCGCCACGACGCUUUUUUUCUUCGUGGUCGUGGGGUGCACGUGGCGAGAGUCAACGAGUACGCUACCGUGCGUUGUUGAAUCGGAUUUUGGUUUCACGUUAGUCUGCUCCUUCAAAAAAUCGGGCAUCUUUCGGAUCCGUAAUCUCGGAGGCUUCAAGGGCUACUUUGGUCUUGGUUUUACAGUUGGUGACGAGCUUGGGUUCCAGGACUCUUUGACGAAUUUGGAGGUCAGUCGAAGACGCAGCGUACAAACCAGCCGGAGUGGCAUUCCCGGCCUGCAUCCCAAUGUGGUAAGAGAGCCCAACAGCUCAUAUAUACAUAUACACCAAACCUCACGUUACAGCUUCGCGCGUAUCCGCAACCGGAUGGCCGUGCCGCCCUUCAAGCCCCUGCCUCCAGGCGCCUCGCGACCCAUGGCUCAGCAACCCGAACGCCAGCGGCUGGUCGUCCAGCAGAACUUCACGUCCUCGGCAACGGCCCCGAGACUACCCACUGCUUCGCAGAUGAUCAACAACGCUCUGCUGCAGGAGGAGGCGUUCAAGCAGCAGCAGCAGCGCGCCCAGCAGGAAGCCAAAAUGAGGGAGCAGCAGCGCCUUCAGCAGGAAAUGCUCGCCAUGCAAGUGCUCAAGCAGCAAAGGCAACAGCAACAGGAGGCCAUGAAGUUUCAGAGACAACAGCAGCAGGUGCAGUUCCCGCAACAGGCUCUACCGAUGGCCAUGAAGAGGACACAGCAAUCGUCAGGACCGGCCAGGAUGCCAAGCAUCGUCGCAGCUGUCCCGCAGUCAGGUGGCACCAGUCUCGACAAGAUCCUCCAGAUGCAGAACAAGCCCAUGGUCGUGAUGGCGAUACCUCCAGCCUUCGUUAGAAUGCCCGAGUCGGCAGCUCAAUUGACUGACCGCAUCAGCAACAGCCCGACCAUCCUCGAGGAGUCGGUCAACGAGGUCGCCCCAAAGGACGAUGCGAGCCAGAUCAAGCUGAAGUUGCCAUCGAGCGACGAUAUGGCAUCAUCGGUCAACCAAAUGACGCUCAUGUCCCUGCAACCCAUCGCCUCGGUGGAAAACCCACAGGCACAAACGCAGGAAAAACGUCAGUCGAUGCCGUCGUUACCGUCACUUGCGCCGAUUCAAGGCAUGGAAACGUCGCUCAAAGCUUUGGCUGAGGCCAGCAACAUCACCCUCGAGGCUCUCGAGGCAGCCAUUCUUCUGAGACAACAGCAACUACUGGAAAAACAGCAGGGACCAGCCACAACCACCACGACGACUACAAGCGCACCCGUUAAAAAGCCAAACAAUGUUUCCGGAGCCACGAAAGUGAUGAACGCACCACGGGAAUACUAUCCCGUUGGCUACGACAAGAACUUUGACGACAACUUUGCCAGUCGCGUGGAUCUCCCCGAUACCAGUUUCUAUUGCGGAGACCAGAAGCAUUUCCCAGGACUUUACGCUGACGAAGACCUCGGAUGCAUGGUGUUCCACGUGUGCGCGUUGACGGACGACGGUUUGAUCAUGAAGAGCUUCCUGUGUCCCGAGUCGACCCUCUUCGACCAGACAAUUCUCAAGUGCAACUGGUGGUUCUACAUCGACUGCAAGACCUCGAAGGGCCUUUACGACAGCAACAUCCCCAUCAGCAAGAGCUACCAGCUCAUGAAGGCGCUGGCUUUCUUCUCUGCCUACAAGAGCCACGACAAUUCGACGCAAAUCGCGAAUAACGGGGACUCUUAA